AUGCAUCUGCGCGCCCAGUACUGUGGACUCCGCUGGCCGGAUGGAUCUUCGCGUCGGCAUCGUCGUGACGAGGCUCCGUCUGGACCACCGCAGGAGGCCGCCAGGCAAGUUAUUCCUGAGGUAAGUAAACUCUGCUCUGUUUCCUUACCGGCGUGUUAGUGUUACAUACUGUAUGCUGCCCCUGUUGCCUUUUCUGUCUGCUAGUCCGUGCUUAUCUCUUCUAAUAGCUAGCUAUUAUUAUGCAAGACUUCGUAUGUUGCCUUGUUUAUUACUCUCCUCGCCUGAUGGCUAUGUAUGUUUGCCCAUGCUAACUGUAAGUCACAUAGAGUUCUGUUGUGUGUGUCCUCUCGCCUACUUGUUUCCGUCGGCCCACCACCAAGGUCCCAGGCUAAUUCGGGUCGGUAUCUCACUAACAAAAAGUUGUGACCUGGAAUGGAAUUCGGCAACCGUCUGGGAUAGCCGGGCAGCCUUAUUUAGGGGGUACGCUGCCUGCCCAACGAGGGGGCAGGAGCUAGAAAAGAUGCCCACACUGUCCGUAGGCUGGCCGUGGCCGCAGACAAAAAACGCACGGUCGAAACGGUCAAAACCGAAACAACACCAAUCUCUCUUCUCCUGGCCCUGCCUAUUCUCCUUCUUCCCCUCCUUCCACUUUUCGCCGCCGCAAUCGUCAGACUGGCAGGGUGAGUCAGCUUACUUUGGCAGCCUGGAAUCUUCGUUCCCUUUUAGAGAAUCCGCGAAGCAACGGACCGGAACGGAGGGCAGCGCUAGUGGCCCGGAAACUGGUGCGCUACAAGGGGAACAUCGCCGCACUCAGUGAAACCCGAUUCUCCGAACAAGGCCAACUGGAGGAGGUAGAUGGCAGAUGCAGCUUCUUCUGAAACGGUCGCCACAGGACAGAUCGGCAAGACGCGUGUGUCGCCUUCGCCAUCCAGAACGACAUCGUGAGACGACUGCCGUGUUUGCCGCAAUGCAUCAAUGAUCACCUGAGGAGCCUCCGCCUGUAUUCGCCUACAGUCUCGUGGGAGACCGCAGGUUAAGGGACUCCCAGGUAAGUUGAAUAUUGCCUUGUUGUAUUUGCCAGCUCGCCAUAUCCAUUUCGGCAAUGAGCUAACUCAACGGCUAGACGGCCUUGCAAGCGCUGCCGCCGUCGCCAACGCCGCUCUCGACGAGAACGUCUCCGUGAAGAACCGCUGGCGUCACCUGCGGGACAUGGUCCAGUCGACGGCGCAGGUCGUCCUUGGUCGCGCACGCCGAUAA